CAGGUGGAUGGCCAAAAGUAUAUGGGUCAGGGUCGCAGCAAGAAGAUCGCCCGCAUUGAGGCUGCCGCAACGGCGCUGCGCAGUUUCAUACAAUUCAAAGAUGGCGCCGUACUCACACCGCUGAAGCCGACCUGUAAUCUUGAUUUCACUAGCGAUGAGCAUCUGGAAAACGGUAUUGUCAAUUAUGAGAACUUAAGCACGGCUGAAUUAGUCCCGCUUUUAGACGCACUGUUCAGGCAUGCGAAAUUUAUUAAAAAACUGACACCCUUCAUGCGGGUAACCGAUUGUGCAUUGAGCAUGACAAAUGUAAAUAAGAGCGCCAUCACUGUGGAUGGGCAGAAGAAAGUGCCGGACAAGGGACCUGUCAUGCUGCUCUACGAGCUCUUCAACGAUGUACACUUCGAUUGCUCAACAGUGGAUGGGGCGCAGAAUAAUUGUCGCUUUAAAAUGACAGUAACGGUGAAUAAUAGCAAAUUCGAUGGCACAGGUCCGUCAAAGAAGUUGGCCAAAAAUGCAGCCGCCAAAGCCGCGUUAGCUUCGUUGUGCAACAUUUCGUAUAGUCCUAUGAUGCAUCCGCAAAAGAAUGUGCCAUUGCCAAUCGAUGAUAAGACAUCGUCUAUGGAGUUGCCACAAAUACACGCCGACACAAUUGGGCGUUUGGUAUUGGAGAAAUUCAUGGAAGUCAUUAAGGGACAGGAAUCGUAUUCGCGACGCAAAGUCUUGGCUGGCAUUGUGAUGACCGAAGAUAUGAACUUUAGCGAAGCCAAAGUAAUUUCCGUAUCCACUGGCACCAAGUGUGUGAGUGGCGAACACAUGAGUGUCACUGGCGCUGUGCUCAACGACUCGCACGCCGAGAUCGUCUCGCGCCGUUGUCUAAUGAAAUAUUUAUAUGCUCAAUUGGAUCUGCAAUGCAGUCAGGCCACUGCAAAUCAGUCGAUUUUCGUGAGGAAUCAAGACAAUGGGCAAUACCCGUACAAACUAAAAUCCGGUGUUCAUUUCCAUUUGUACAUCAAUACAGCGCCUUGUGGUGAUGCACGGAUUUUUAGUCCUCACGAAAAUGACACUGGUGUUGACAAACAUCCAAAUAGAAAGGCGCGUGGUCAAUUGCGUACUAAAAUCGAAUCGGGUGAGGGGACUAUACCGGUUAAAAGCAAAGAGGGUCUACAGACAUGGGACGGUGUACUGCAGGGCGAACGUUUGCUGACCAUGUCCUGCUCGGAUAAGAUUGCACGCUGGAACAUCGUGGGCAUACAGGGAUCUCUGCUGGCCUCCAUUAUAGAGCCAAUUUAUUUGCAUUCCAUAGUGUUGGGCAGUCUAUUGCAUCCCGAGCACAUGUACCGUGCCGUUUGCGGCCGAAUAGAGAAAUCCAUACAAGGUCUUCCGCCUCCCUAUCAUCUGAAUAAACCUCGCUUGGCGCUAGUCACAUCCGCUGAGCCGCGUAACCAGGCUAAGGCACCGAAUUUCGGCAUCAAUUGGACCAUUGGGGACAGUGAGGUUGAGGUGGUGAAUUCACUUACCGGCAAAACGGUCAACAACCAAAUAUCACGCAUUACCAAGCAGAUGUACUUCAUGAAGUAUGGCUUUUUGAUGAAAAAUUUGCCUGGCAUACCAAAUCGCAAGCUGACUAUCGAUUACGGGCAAGCAAAGGAGAGGGUUAAGGACUACCAGAUUGCCAAGAAAGAGUUAUUUGCGGCUUUUCGACGCGAAGACUUGGGCAGCUGGCUGAAAAAACCAAUGGAACAAGAUCAAUUUGCGCUUCCGGAAUGACUCCGUUGUCACCAUUUUGUUAUUGUUUGUAUUUGUUAGUGUUCCGAGUGGCGUGUUAAUGGAGUGAGCUGCGUAACAGUAUUAGUGCCAGUAAAGAAGAGCGAAGCGACCAAAUCCCAUUUAAAAAAAUCUUUACGCGUGUGGAAUUUAUUUUAGAUGAUGUGACUGGAUUGCAGAGUGCCGUAGACUUUUUGUAUUUCAUGUAAUUGCCUACUGUGAAAUGUUUAUUUGUAUUUAGAAUUCAAGUCAAUAGUGCCGUCUAAGUCAAUAGAUUUUCGCAUUGAGAAUGUGCGUACUCUUACAUGUUUUGUAAAGAUUUUGUUCAGUGUAUUUUUUGAUAUAAUAUUUUAUUAUAUCCAAUUAUGUUUUUUAUUAUUACGUUGCUUUAUUAAUUUUUUUUAAUAAUUACAUAUUUUUAAUAACUA